CCAUCGUGUAUUCAAUUGCUUCGCUUUCAACGAGUGAGAAUGGCAUAAUGCCUCUGAUUUAAACGAAAAUUCAAGUGCUGAAUUAGCACCAUUCUUUAACUAAUUUAUUUUCUAUUGGCAACCUUCUGCGAUGUAAAGAAAACAUUAAAUAUAGUUGCAAACACGAUCAUAUAUAAAAAAAAUUGGCUAUACAGAACAAUGAAGCUACUCGCUUGUGUGAGCUUUUUGGCCAUAAGCGCAUCCGCAUAUGCGCUACCUCCAUUUCUGACGGUGCUUUAUGCAAACAUAGUUCCAUCUGGCUGGAACCCUAUAUUCUUGGGGCAUAAAAUAGCUCUGGCCUUAACUCCCUGCGAUCCCAAAAACCAUCCAACGUCUUUUACAUAUAAAUCUGAUUCCGAAUGCUUAAAAAGGUGUUCUGGUCAUUGCCUAAGUUGCAACGGAACAUGCAUUUUUGGAAGCCAAUGUGUAUGCGCAGCUUCGAUAUAUUGCGUGUAUGAUCCCAAUAGACCUUUGACACAAUCAUGUCAACCUAUUGAGAAUUUUACCAAACCCGAUUGGAAGUUCAUACCGACCGAUUGAUAAUGGCCAGCCUUGCUGAUAACAACCAAUCUUAUAGUAAUGUCUUUCUCAUAGUCCGUCAAUCCAAAAGAUCUCUAUCAAGGACGGUAGAGAACUUUAACAAAGGUUUGUUAAAAAUUUGAUUGGCAAUUAUCGAGCAUUAGAUAACAAAAGAAAAACAAUAAACUUUUCUAAACAAUACCAUUUCUGAUUUCAUAAAUAUAUUGUUAAACGUCCUAUAAGUCAUUUUAAACUCGACUAAUGUUGGAUGAGAAACUGAGAAAUUUUGAAUCUUUUGUUAAUAUCUAUUAAAAAAAAUAAUUUACUGCUUGCAAUUUUAUAUCACUUCUCUUUUUUUUUUAAAUAUUAAAUAAUUGAACACAUAAAAAAAACCCCAAGUGACUUUGUACCUUGAGAAUGCGUAAAAAUAAAAAUAAAUUAUUAACAGACUAUUAAA